AUGAUUGACCAGAUUGAGCAAUACGUCGACGAGAACACGUACUCGAGAGUGGCGCUCUACAUGGUCAGCAACGUGCCGCUUCUCACAUACCCGGACAACGACAAGUUCCUCCGCACCACCUACCGCAUCUACGCCAAAUACAAGCAGUACACCCAGGCCAUGGCCAUUGCGAUACGGUUACACGAGAAGGAGCUGAUUCAAGAGGCUUUUGAUGCCACAAAGGACAAGUCCAUUCGCAGGCAAAUGGCUUUCCUCUGCGCGCGACAGCGGAUAUGGUUCGAUGUGUCCGACGACGAAGACCCUGAGCUGCAGGAGUGCCUUAACAACACACGCCUGCCUGAUCACUUCAGGGCACUGGGCAAGGAGCUUAACAUUCUCGACCCAAAGUCUCCCGACGACAUUUACAAGACACACCUUGAGAGCAGCAGGACCGCCGGCCUCACAAAUACCGACUCCGCCAGACACAACCUCGCUUCGGCUUUCGUCAACGCAUUUGUCAACACGGGUUAUGCCAACGACAAGCUCAUGCUGGGCGACGCCAAGAGCAGUUGGGUAUGGAAGACCAAAGAGGAGGGCAUGCUUUCAACAACCGCAUCCAUGGGUAUGCUGAUGCUUUGGGAUGUGGAAGAGGGUCUUGACAGGAUUGACCCCUACACCCAAGUCGACGAGGACAUGGUCAAGGCUGGUGCCAUGCUUGCCACUGGUAUCUUCAACUCUGGAGUACGCAUGGACUCCGAUCCGGCUAUGGCGUUGUUGGGUGACGAGGACAAUAUAAAUUCCAAGAACAAGAACAUUCGCCUGGCUGCGAUUAUGGGUUUGGGUCUGGCAUACGCGGGAUCGAACAAGGAGGACCUUCUCGAUGUGCUCUUGCCCGUUGUUAGUGACACCAGCCUCGACAUGCAGCUCUCCGCCAUGGCAGCGCUGUCUUUGGGAAUGAUCUUCGUCGGCUCGGCCAACGGAGAUGUCACGGAUGCCUUGAUGAACACUCUUUUGGACGAGGACCGGACCAAGCAACUAAAGGACAAGUGGACUCGUUUCAUGGCCCUCGGUCUCGCUCUUCUCUUCUUUGGCCAACAAGAAGAGGUUGAUGUCAUCCUGGAAACCCUCAAGGCGCUUGACCACCCCAUGGCUAAAUCAGCUUCGGUGCUCACUGAAGUGUGUGCGUGGGCGGGUACUGGUGCAGUGUUGAAGAUUCAGCAACUGCUUCACAUCUGCAAUGAGCACAUUGAGGACGAGAGCGAAGAGAAGAAGGGCGACGAGCUCCUUCAAUCAUAUGCUGUCAUUGGUCUUUCAUUAGUUGCUAUGGGCGAGGAUGUUGGCCAAGAGAUGAUCCUACGCACCCUGGGCCACCUGAUGCAUUACGGCGAGGCUAACAUCCGCAAGGCUGUGCCUCUUGCCCUGGGUCUCAUCAGCCCUAGCAACCCACAGAUGAAGGUGUACGACACUCUUUCGCGAUACUCGCACGACAAUGAUAACGAUGUCGCCAUCAACGCCAUCUUUGCCAUGGGUCUCUGCGGUGCUGGUACCAACAACGCUCGUCUUGCACAGCUUCUCCGCCAAUUAGCCAGCUACUACCACCGCGACCCCAACGCCUUGUUCAUGGUGCGCAUAGCACAGGGUCUCUUGCACGCAGGCAAGGGUACGCUCUCACUCAAUCCCUUCCACACGGACCGACAAGUCCUGUCUCGCGUUGCGGCUUCAGGUCUCCUCACCGUCCUGGUGUCUCUGAUUGAUGCCAAGUCUUUUGUCGCUGGUGAUUCACACUACUUGCUCUAUUACCUGGCCACCGCCAUGUCGCCACGCUUCCUCAUCACACUGGACGAGGAGCUCAAGCCGCUCACAGUCAACGUCCGCGUUGGUCAAGCAGUAGACGUUGUGGGUCAGGCUGGCCGACCAAAGACGAUUACCGGGUGGCAGACACAGAGCACACCGGUGCUGCUGGCACACGGCGAGAGGGCGGAGCUGGAAGACGAGAAGUAUCUCAGCUUGACCAAUGUACUGGAAGGUGUGGUCAUCCUGCGAAAGAAUCCGGAAUGGGAGGAUUGA